UUCCCUGUGCGCACCGACAAAGAAUGACCGAACAGCAUUUUCUGCAGUUUUAAUCUUAUCGGUUUAUUCACAAUAGAUAGUGAAUAUUAAUACAUGCAUUUCUUAUACUGGGUUUUGGAUAGUGAGUAACAGUCUUCAGAUUUCUCCAAUCAGAAGAAUCAGUUAUUCCGAUUCCAUGGAAAACAGAGGUGAAUAUGUAAUGUUUUCAAAAGAGACAUGCCUGUUGGACACCACAUCAGAGAAACUGAAGAAAGAGCUGGAGGAAGAGUUGAAACUCAACAGCCACAACAUACAGAGUCAUGGCUGGUACCAUGGACGUUUACCUUGGGAGGUUGCUGAGUCACUAGUGCUACAGGAUGGGGAUUUCCUGAUUCGUGAUUCUCUAACAAGUUUGGGAGAUUAUGUCCUAACCUGCCGCUGGAAUCAGAAGCCUCUCCACUUCUUGAUCAGCAAAGUUCUGCUUAGGUCCAGCGACACAUACACACGAAUACAGUAUGUUCUAGAAGGAGAGCAGUUUGACUCCAUUCCAGCAUUGGUCAAUUUCUGUGUGGGCAGCCAGACACCACUUACCCAACACAGUGGUGCGCAUGUAAUUUCUCCAGUCAACAGAACUGUACCACUGCGUUAUCUGGAGACAAUGUUUGGUCAGACUAGUCAUGAGGGCACGCCAUUAAACUCCCCCCUGCACAGGAAGGGAAGUCUUGUAGUGGCAGAGGCUCUGGCAUUCGAGUUAAUAAACCCUCAGAGGGAGGCAGUCAAGAGCUUUGUUGGCAGCUUGGAACAGCGUGUUGUAGUGACGUCAUCCCCAAACCCAAUGAAUACAGUCUACAGAGGUAAAAGAAGUCCAUCACGCAAUAGGAAGUUUGUUGUAGUCCCUUCAUCGCCUGUUUUGCAAAGACCCAGCAACAUGCACCUUUGUACAUCGCCAAAUGAAAGUACAAUCAUUUAUUUGGAGCCUACAGACAGCAUGUUGUCUUCCAGCAGUGAGUCCUGUCAAAGCACUAUUGCAGACCCCAGUGUCCUGCCAUCGAAAACAGGCCUUUAUCCGCUGAGCCUUGCUCAUAUAAAGUCACCCUUCAGAGGACAAGAAGAACAGACAGUACCAGGCUUCAUGGAUGAGGACAAUGAGGAUUAUUUAAUGCCACUUGUAAUUGAAACAGCAUCCAGUUUCAGGCCAAGCAUGUACCAGUCACCAGUGCUCCCUUCAGAGAAUAAACCACUGGAAGCAAGACUGUUAAAGAGAGCAAAGGAGGUGCUUUUAGAUGCUGAUACAAAGACGAUGGCCAUGCACAUCACCAAAAUCGACUGCAUGGUUGCUCGCAUAUUGGAUUUAUCCUGUGAGAAUAUAAAAGGGAUGGCUGUGUGCUCAGGACUGGAGCUGAUCACACUUCCACAUGGCCAUCACCUCCGACAAGACCUGCUGGAAAGGUUCUAUACCAUGUCCAUAAUGCUAGCCAUGGUGCUGUUGGGUUGCACAGGCAGUGUGGAGGAAAGAGGCUCCUUACUAAACAAAAUUGUCUUAUUGGCGUCAGAGCUGAAGACUAACCUGGGAAACAUGUUUGGCUUUGCUGCAGUUAUGAGAGUCUUAGAACUACCACAGGUUGUUCAUUUGGAGGAGACGUGGACAGCUUUAAGGCAAAAAUACACGGAAAGUGCAGUUCUGUAUGAGAAAACCCUCAGGCCCUCUUUGAAGAAAAUGAAUGAUGGAAAAGUGCUCUGUGAGCCAUCAGAGACAACUGUUCCACAUGUACUCCCUCUGUUGCUCCUGCUCGAGAAGAGCACCAUGAUUGUUGAAGGGUCUGAGUCCUGGGAGAGUCUCGACUCUGGAAUGGACUCUGUGCUGUGUCAUUUAAACUCUGCUCGUACCAUCGCAUGCCAUGGAGAGACAUACAGUUCGAAUUCAAAUGCAAAACUACUGGGUUUCCAUGAACAGUCAGAUGUACUAGAAGUUUUUCUGACUGAGUUCCAGAUGCGUCUGCUCUGGGGGAGCCGAGGUGCUGAGGCGAGCAGGGAGGAGCGCUAUGAGAAAUUUGACAAAGUGCUUACAGCCCUGUCCAACAGACUGGAACCUUCUCAGCAGGCAGAAUGAUGCAUAUUGUACUUGUCUAACUCUAAAAUGUGUAUUUUUUAUUUUCCUUGAAUAAGUGCAACGGGUUUUUUUGUAAAGUAUGUGGCGGAAUAACAUUUCAAAUUCUUUUCAACUUUUAUAUGGUUUGUAAAUAAUGUAGAUAAAUAUACUAUUCAGAUUUCAAAGUAUGAUUCACAUUAUUUUUGUUUACUUCUAUGAAAUAAUCUGUGAUUUCUCUAUAAAUUGAUUUUUAAAUUAUGUUUCUUAUGACUUACAUAUACCUUUAUACUCUUUUAUGGGGUCAAAACCUUUUUCUCAAAUUAAACCAGUUCAGUUGAAGUCAAGAAGCUAUUAUUGUCAUUUCUACCACAUAUA